AUGACCUCAGCCUUUAUAACUCCGUGUGGCAACAUUUGUCUAACUGUAGCUGCAUUUCACUCGUCUUACAGGUUGUUCAAGAACCACAGAGCCCCAUCUCUUGGCUUCUUCAUGCUUGGACUCUCAGCAAUAGUGUCCACGUUAUCUACCUUCAGUUCCUGCUUCAAAUCUCUACCAAAGGAGGAUCUGUGCUGGGCGUCUGAAGUCUUGGCUCUAACUUUGCUCUCUUUUGAGUUCCUUUGGCUGAGCGAGGACCACAACACCUCUUAUAUUCUCCUAUCAGACAGAAGGACAGGAGAGCUGCUGCACUGGGCAUGCUCAGUCCAGACACAGCGGCAAAAGUGGGGAAGAGGAGGAGAAAGGGGAGACAAGGGGAGGAGAGAGGAUCCAUGCAGAGCUCCAUGGGGACGUGACGGACAUGACUGCGUGGACAGCAAACACGGGAACGGCAACAACCGGAGUGCGCAAAAGCUGAGAAGAAAUUAUGACGAAGAGAUAAGUGCAGAGAUGUAUGCAUUCUACUCGCUCCUGGUCUACAUCUUUUACACUGUCUUUAAGAAGGAGGAAGAUGAGGAGGCUUUGGAGGGGGCAUGUGGGACUGCAAAUGAGGCAGAACACGUUUCCAUGGAAACAGGGAGCAAGAGAUGUGGCCACACCCCCAAGUUGGGAAAAAAGGCUUUUGCUCGACUUCGGCUUGACUUAAGCAGCAGCAGUGACAGUGAUGAGAUGUCUCUAAGUGAUGAAGAUGCUGCAGGUGGCACAGAUCUCCCAACAUGCACUCCUUUGGCAGCGUUUUUGUCUUUUAAACAAGAAGCGGAGCAAAAGAGGACCUCACAGCAACAACUGGAGCCAUCUGCAAAACUGGCGGACUCUCCCCUUGUGGCUGUGAUGGCGCACUUAUUGACUUUCCUGGAGCAGUAUUCGCACUUCCAGCAGCUGCAGCAACAGGCCGAUCAGUACAGGGUCCAGCUUAAGAGACACCGCGUCCAGCACCGACGUCAGAUGAAGGUCCUGAGAGCGUCCUAUCGCCAACGACUCAAAGACAAGAACAGCAUCAUCACCAGUCUGGAGGAGGCUUUCUCUCAACAGGCCCAGAGCCCCCCCAGCGAAGGUGAAGGCAGCUCUGGCAGUGGGAACCCGGCCGGAGUCCAGGGCCUGGUGGAUUCUCUGUCUGGACUCCAGAGCGAGAAGAGUCGUCUGAGAGGAGAGCUGCGGCUGCUGCACUCACAGCUCGAGCAGAACGACAAAGAGCGAUUCUCCCGGAUACAGGCUUUCCAGCAACAGAUUGAUGAACUAAAAGGAUGCAUAGAGGAGCGAGAAGAGGAGCUAUCCCGACUGAGAACUGCCUCUAGCGCCACUGACUCAGAGAAAAGGGUGAUGUGUUUAACAGCAGAAAACGAGAGUCUGAAACAGAAUCUGAGUGUGACACAGGGGCUCCUGCAGCAGCUGUCCACCAUCCCUAACCAGUCCAGCAACAUGCUCAUCAAGGAAAAUGAAAACCUGAGGAGCCGAGUGCAGCAGCUGGAGCUGUCUCUCCAGCAGCGUGCAGAACAGUUAUCAUCCCUGGAGCGUCACAGUGAAACGGCCGAGUGGAGGAGAGGAGAAGAGCUGCGGAAACGAGAAGACAGAGUCCGAGAACUGCAGCUUGACCUGGACCGAGAGAGGACCAAGGACCCGGUGAUCAAGUAUGUGACCCAGACGGUUGAGGUGGAGUCACCGGCCACUUUGAAGCACCUGAAUAAAGUCAGACAGAAGAAUGAAUUGCUCUCAGAGAAACUGGGCCAUCAGAACGAGCGCUGCAAACAACUGGAAGAACAAAUCCGGAAGUCUGACGAAUACAGCUGCAACCUGCAGCACAAGAUCGCAGCCUACGAGAGAGAGAUCGGCUCACUGAGGGCAGAACUCCUGAAGGAGAUUGGACAUUUGGAGCAGAGGAAAGAGGAGGCGGUGAGAGCUGCAGCCAGCUGCUCUGCUGAGAACUUUCAGAAUCUCCAGGACCAGUUCUUCUGCUUACAGAAGCGUUUGACGUCUCUACCACCAACAUUACGCUCCAUGAAGACUGACUAUGCCAGCCUGAGGAGCCAAGUCCGAAACUUUUCAGACUUUUAUGGAUCAGCCAUCAACGACGCAAAAAAACAAAUUUCUGCUGCAAUCAAUGAGAUGUCAGAAGCCAAUAAAGAUCUUUUGGAGAAAUACAGAAAAGAAGUCGCUCUGAGGAGAAAGUACCACGAGCAGCUGGUGGAGCUUAAAGGUAACAUCCGUGUACUGUGUCGUGUGAAGCCGGUUCUGAAAGAGGACCAGCACGAGGAGGGCCAGUCUGUGGUAGUGACUCCUGAUCCAAACAACGAGUCCUCACUGAGCGUCCUCAACAAAGGGAAAGGACGAAUCUUCGAGCUGGACAAAGUGUUCCACCCUCAGGCCACGCAGGAGGAGGUCUUUCAGGAAAUAGAACCACUUGUUACCUCAUGCAUUGACGGAUACCACGUCUGCAUCUUUGCCUACGGACAAACCGGCUCUGGGAAAACCUACACCAUGGAGGGAAAUGCCGAAAACCCGGGCAUUAACCAGCGCGCGCUCAAACAGCUCUUCACCGUCAUCGAGGACCGCAAAGACAUGUGGACGUACUCGGUCUCUGUGAGCUCCGUGGAGAUCUACAAUGAAGUGCUCAGAGAUCUUCUCAGUAAAGAUGGAGAGAAACUGGACAUAAAGAUCAAUCCGGAUGGAACAGGGCAGCUGCACGUUCCGGGUCUGAGAGUCAUCGACGUGAGGAACUUCCAACACAUCAAGAAGAUUCUGGGGACUGCGCGGCGGAACAGGAUCACUUUUGGAACGCAGAUGAACCAGCACAGCUCACGCUCCCAUGCUCUGCUCUGUGUCACUGUGGAGGGAAUCGACCUCGCAACCGGCUCCAAAACUACCGGCAAGUUGAAUCUGGUGGAUCUGGCUGGUUCAGAGCGGGUGUGGAAGUCCGGAGCAGAGGGGGAGAGGCUGAAGGAGGCCCAGAACAUCAACCGCUCCCUGCUGGCUCUGGGAGACGUCAUCCAGGCACUGAGGGCACGGCAAACCCACAUCCCUUUCAGGAACUCCCGCCUCACCUACCUGCUACAGGACUCGCUGGGGAAGGGCAGCAAGACGGUGAUGGUUGUUCAGGUGUCUGCUCUGGAAAGCAACCUGGGGGAGACUUUAUGCUCACUAAAAUUUGCCCAGAGAGUGUGCAAGGUGGAACUGGGCCCAGCAGCCAGAAAGAUUGAAUCUGGUGGACUUUGCGACUGA